AUGCGAACGCUUUGGGUCUUGACCAAUGGCACAGCCCUCGCUGGUAUCUUCAGCGCUUCAGUCUUCCUGCGAGUGGUUGCUUUGGUCUUGGAGUCAUGGGACAAAGGGUCAUCCCUGCUUGCCCCGUACACCGGCUUGUCACCCGAGUCCACAGCGGGCAUGAUAUCUCUCUUGACAUUCUGGUGGCUGAAUCCUCUCCUGCUAAAGAGCUUCAGCUCUCCGUUCACUUUCAACAGUCUCUUUGUCAUCGACGACAAGUUCAAAUCGGAAACUCUUUCAAAUGAAAUGGCGAAAGAUUGGAACUUGUCUUUGCUUUGGACUAGCUUUAAGCAACACAAGCGAUAUCUGAUCUUGGGAGCGCUUUUUCGACUUUUGUUGACGGUUUGUACAUUUGCACAGCCUUUCCUCGUCAAAGAAGUCGCCAAGUUAGGAAAUGGACAAGAUUCUCCCGGUAGACCUGUGGGUACAUGGUUGGUUGUUGCAUAUGGCUUCCAGUUAUGCUGGGAUGGCAGCCAUGGCCACCAGACGAAUAAACUUGUCACGGGGGUUCGCGGAAGUCUGACCAUGCUCAUAUAUCGCUCCAUGUUGGACAUGACUGAAAAUGACGCUCAAGAUACGGAAUCGGCUGGGCUGACCCUGGUGAUUUCAGACAUGGAAAAAAUUGCCUUUGGUCUGCAGACUAUCCGCCACCUAUGGGCAAGCAUUUUGGAGAUGGGAUUGUCAGUGUGGCUGCUUCACUGGCCCGCAUGUGUGGGUGUUGGAGCAGUUUUAGGAGCCAGUGCUGGCACUAACCAAGCCGCAUGGCUUCGUGCAAUCCAAACAAGGGAGGAUGCGACAUCAGCUGUACUGAGUUGCCUUCGAUACAUUCAAAUGACGGCACUUGACGACGUCGUCAAGGCAUCAAUAUCCAAGCUACGCGAUGUUGAGGUAACAGUUUCCAAGAAAUACCGUGGCCAUCUUGUCUGGAUCGUGACCAUAUCCCAUCUGACGUCGGUAAUGUGCCCACUUCUUGGACUCACGGUGUUUGCCUUGUCUAGUAUUGUCAACCAGGGGAACAUCCUAUCCUCGAGUCGUGCAUUUUCCUUUCUUACCAUAUUUUUGCUCCUGGGCCAAGCUGUCGGAAAUUUUGUGCCAGCAGCUCUCGGAAUUAUGGUGGUUCUUAGCUGCUUUGGACGGUUCACACAAUUCAUGAUGGGUCCACUCCAGGCCAAUCCCGGCUUGGAAGAGUCUCUGCAGAAACUCCCAGUGAACAAAUCUUCCGACACGGUGGGACUCCGAGAGUUACUAGGAAGCUUCGCCACCAUAGUACCACUCCGAGAAUUACCCAGUGGCCCCGCCAUCACGCCUGGGAUGGAUGAGCUCGACACCAAUGGGAUUUGGGCUAUAGCACAAGACGCUGAAGUUGGCUGGAGGGGUUGUCAGACAGUGUUCUCCAAUAUGUCGUUCACGAUUCGCAAAGACCAUUUCACUAUGAUCAUGGGGAGAACCGGGCUCGGGCAAGUCUACUCGUUGAAAACGUUGCUUGGAGAAACAGAGAUACGAUCUGGGACACUACGGUCCAACAUCAGAAGGGCAGCAUUUUGUAGCCAGAAACCAUGGCUCAUCAAUGACACAUUUAUGGACAAUGUUAUUGGCGUCUCAGAGUAUGAUGAGACAUGGUUUGAAACUGUCGUGGACGCAUGCGGCCUGCGGGAAGACAUUAAGCGUCUGCCGUUUGGAGAAAAAACUGUAGUUGGAAUGGAAGGUCUGCGUCUGAGUGGUGGGCAACGAAUUAGACUGACAGCUACUUUUGAGGAUGAUCCCAAGGUCCGCAAUCGUGCUGCACGAAACACUUCUGAAGAGAGCCAUUGGGCGAGCAAAAUUCAGGAGAAAUUUCCAGACAGAUCAAAUAUUGCUAACGACGGAUUCAUCAGUGCCACUCUUGCUUUUAUGACCACCCAAGGGUCUGGGCAAAUUAUAAACAGGCUGUUACCAAACCUUUUUUGCAGCAUUGACCAGUAUUGCCUAGGCAAGUACAACGCGGUGGCUAUCCCAUUUUGUUUAAUAAUACUCUAUGUCAUCCAAAAGUUUUACCUUCGUACCGCACGUCAACUUCGAAUCCUGGAUUUAGAAGGCAAGGCUUUACUUCUUGCACACUUUUCAACAACGAUCCUCGGCCGAACCACCAUCCGCUCGUUCGGCUGGGAUGAGAACUACACUGGUGAGACUGCCGGGCUAUUGGAUCUCUCACUGAGGGCCCACUAUCUACUGUUGUGCGUCCAGCAGUGGCUUAGACUAGUUCUAGACAUGAUAGUAGCCGUCCUUGCGCUCGCGCUCUCGAGCCUUUCCGUCUAUCUGAGCACCUCCGCAAAUGCGAAUUUUCUUGGAGUCGCGCAGAUGGGCUUGGUCAACUUUUCUGCGAGUAUGAGCGCAUUGAUAAGCAGUUGGACCUAA